CAAUCAAUCUGCUCUGUCGGCCCGGCAUGGCUGCCAUCCUCAUCUCUUGUGCGCCUCCUCGCAUCCGCCGAGCCUGCAUCGGGAGACGAUCCUUCGUUGCCUUGUUUGUUUGUUGAAUCCAACUGUCAAAUGUCUUCUCAUCAGCCUGUCAGCUUGUCAACGCUGCACCAUCUCUUUCGCCAUUGUUGUGGCCAAACACCCGUCCGCUGUGCUUGUGGUCCCCUCUUUACUUUGCCCCAUUGUGCUAGCCCCGUCACCUCCCAGCCCGCGGACCAGCGCCCCUGUCAAACCCAAUCUGCUGUCACGAGCACUCUACUCCCCAAGUCCACAUCUAUGUACAUGAGACUGUACAUGCAUCGCGGUAUCGAGGCCAACAACCGGCCUGUCACUGCCCCUCAUCCUCAUCGCUUCUGCUGCCUACGCCCAAUAUCCCUCUUUCAAUCCAUCCCGUCCGUCUCAUUGAUUUCCGGCCAGCAUGGAGCGUGAUGCAAAAUUCCGGAAUCCCCACGGCAAUCCUGAUUGCUCUUUGCGUAUUCGUGCCAUUUCCUGGUUGGGCGCUUGGAAAACGCCUGGCGCUCCACACUGUCAUUUCUCUCUGUCCCUCCCCCCUGUGGGGGAUCGAGAUGGACCUUGGGGCUAAAAGGCCAAGUCUCACGGUUCGCGGAGAGAGCCACGGGCCAGAAAAUUUGCUGUUGAAAAUUCCUUUCCGUGGCAUGCGCACCGCC